AUGUCCGGGACAGCACGCCAUGACCGAGAGAUGGUGAUCCAGGCCAAGAAAAAGCUCACCACAGCUACUGACCCCAUUGAAAAACUCCGGCUGCAGUGCCUGGCCCGGGGCUCAGCAGGCAUCAAAGGACUCGGCAGAGUGUUUAAAAUCAUGGAUGACAAUAACAACCGGACCCUGGAUUUCAACGAAUUUAUCAAAGGCCUAAAUGACUAUGCCGUGGUCAUGGAAAGGGAGGAAGCUGAGGAGCUGUUCCGGAGGUUUGAUAAAGAUGGAAGCGGAACAAUAGACUUUAAUGAAUUUCUUCUUACAUUAAGACCACCAAUGUCCAGAGCUAGGAAAGAUGUCAUUAUGCGAGCAUUUAGAAAGCUAGACAAGACGGGAGAUGGUAUCAUAACAAUUGAAGACCUGCGAGAAAUGUACAAUGCAAAGCAACAUCCGAAGUACCAAAAUGGAGAAUGGACUGAGGAGCAGGUGUUCAGGAAAUUUCUGGAAAACUUUGAUUCACCCUAUGACAAAGAUGGGUUGGUGACCCCGGAGGAAUUUAUGAACUACUAUGCUGGGGUGAGCGCAUCCAUUGACACCGAUGUGUAUUUCAUCAUCAUGAUGACAACAGCCUGGAAGCUCUAAGUAUAUGAUGGGGAGCAAGGGAAGUGGGUACAGCCAUGUGGCAUCAACUGA